AUGGCAGAUAAUCCUAUUUUCAUCUCCUGGCGAACCACCUCGCUGACCAUAAACUUGACCAAAAAUGAGUUUGGGGCAAUUUGUCUGUAUGAGAUCCUUCCCUUGAAUCAUCGCCAUCAGAAGUCGGCUUCACGCCUUUUUGCCUCGUCUGAGCUACCACUCGUUAGUGUCAAGCUGAGCGGCGAAGGCAAUACCAACGACAAGACGGCAAAGUCACUUGUUGGCGGCUAUCUGUCUUCGAGGCUGAGAUACAAAAGUCACCAAGAGAGUCAAGAUGGUGAUGUGCACAGAUUGGGCAUCCAUAGUGAGGAUGAAAGGGCGGGAAUCUCGGUGACUGCUCACUUGAGCGUAUACAGAGAUGUGCCUGUUCUUAGGUCAGCCGUCACAAUCAUAAAUGAAUCCAAGUCAUCGGAUGUUAUUGUCACCCAGAUUUCAUCUUUGACCAUCGGCGGCCUCACAACAAGUUCCAACGAAUGGAACAAAGACUACGUCCUUAGGACAUCGAACAACAGCUGGUUUAGAGAGGCUCAAUGGCGCAAACAUUCCCUACCCGACAUUGGCAUAGACAAGAACGGUAUUUGUGAGCUACCUGAUGGUCACUCAGGAUCGCAGGCAACCUUUAGUCUCCAAAACAGGGGAUCCUUCUCAACUGGCUCACACCUGCCUAUGGGCAUAUUGGAGUCAAAGGAAAACUCGGAUACCUGGGCUUGGCAGAUCGAACACAAUGGAUCCUGGAGAUGGGAAAUUGGCGACUACAAAGACAGCAUCUAUGUCGCAGCCGGAGGUCCAACCAAGGCGGACCACGAUUGGAGACAUACCCUGCAUCCCGGAGACAGCUUUACCACGCCCCCGGCCUCGCUGACCCGUGUCUCCGGAUGUUUUCAAGAUGCUAUUCGGGCACUAAACGACUACAGACGACGAAUCAUACGGCCGCAUGACGAUAACAAAAGGCUUCCGAUAGUUUUCAACGACUACAUGAACUGUCUCAUGGGUGACCCAGAUGAAGACAAGAUCGAAGCUCUACUUGAUCCUGUGUCCCAAUCAGGUGCCGAAUACUUCGUGAUUGAUGCCGGUUGGUACGCUGAUGACAGUAACUGGUGGGAUGACGUUGGCUUGUGGGAACCUUCCAAAAGGCGAUUUCCCUCUGGCUUCAAAACGCUGAUGGAGAAGAUCAAGAGCAAAGGUCUCAUUCCAGGGCUAUGGCUGGAGCCGGAGGUCGUCGGUGUACGGAGUGUCGUCGGCGACAGACUACCAGAGGACGCCUUCUUUCACGAAAACGGGCAGCGCAUCGUUGAGAGAGGAAGAUUUCAACUCGACUAUCGCCAUCCAGAAGUGCGAGCCUGGAUGACCAAGGUUGUCGAUGGACUUGUGCUCCAUUACGGCGCUGGGUUCUUCAAGUUCGACUACAACAUCGAAGUCAUCCAAGGAACCGAUGCUCCGGGCUCUUCAUCCGCCGGAGCCAACCAGCUCCUCCACCAGAGAUGUUAUCUCGACUGGGUCCGGUCACUCCUCGACAAGCAUCCAAACCUUGUGAUCGAGAAUUGCUCCAGCGGCGCGCAGAGGAUGGACUACGCCAUGCUAUCAGUUCACUCUCUUCAGUCCACUAGCGACCAGCAAGACCCUGUCCUGUACGCAGCCAUCGCCGCAGCUCUGCCAACAUGUGUACUGCCAGAACAAAGUGCGAGCUGGGCAUAUCCCCAGCCGGAAUGGAGUGACGAGCUCAAUGCCUUUACUGUAGUGAAUAGUUUAUUGGGGAGAGUCUAUCUCAGUGGUAGACUCGAUCACUUGAGCCCUUCGCAGAUGGAGCUCAUCACCGAGGGGAUGCAUGCCUACAAGACCAUUCGUCAGUAUCUUGUAACGGCGCAUGCUAUCUGGCCUCUAGGACUACCUCGCUGGCAUGACGACUGGAUCUCUCUGGGUUUGGAGACUGAUAAUGGUCUGUACCUUUCAGUGUGGCGAAGAGGCGGUAGCUGCUCAAAGGAGAUACCGUUGCCAAGAUUGGCUGGAUGCGGCAAGGUCCAGGUAAACGUCCUGUAUCCCAAACGACUACCCACCCAAGCCAUCUGGAACGAAGGACAUGGUAUUCUAGAGCUCAAACUUCCUGAGACGAGAUGUGCUCGGGUUCUUCAUAUUACUAUCUAG